AUGACUAUCCCAAAGACCCAAAAGGCUAUCGUCUUCGAAACGAGCGGAGGCCCAUUGCUCUACAAGGACAUUCCAGUCCCCACUCCAAAGCCCACUGAAAUUCUCGUCAACGUGAAGUAUUCCGGUGUGUGCCACACCGAUUUGCACGCAUGGAAGGGAGAUUGGCCCUUGGACACCAAGCUUCCUCUGGUUGGUGGUCACGAAGGUGCCGGUGUGGUUGUUGCCAAAGGUGACCAGGUGACUGGAUUUGAGAUUGGCGACUAUGCAGGAAUCAAGUGGCUCAACGGGUCAUGUUUGUCAUGUGAAUAUUGCCAGCAGGGUGCCGAGCCAAACUGUCCUGAUGCUGAUCUAUCUGGGUACACUCACGACGGUACCUUCCAACAGUAUGCCACUGCUGAUGCUGUUCAGGCUGCCAAAAUUCCCAAGAAUGUCGAUCUUGCUGGAGCUGCUCCAAUUCUCUGUGCUGGUAUCACGGUCUACAAGGCCCUGAAGACAGCAGAGCUUAGAGCUGGCCAAUGGGUUGCCAUCUCUGGUGCUGGUGGCGGAUUGGGUUCGCUUGCUAUCCAAUAUGCCAAUGCAAUGGGCUACCGUGUUCUCGGAAUUGAUGGAGGCGAUGAGAAGGGAGCACUGGUUAAACAGCUUGGAGCUGAGGUGUAUCUCGACUUCACCAAGACUAAGAACAUUGUCGCUGAAAUCCAAAAGGCCACCAAUGGUGGUCCCCACGCUGUCAUCAACGUUUCUGUUUCCGAUGCAGCCAUCUCUCAGUCUGUCGAAUAUGUUCGUCCAUUGGGUAAGGUUGUUCUUGUUGGUCUUCCAGCUGGAGCUGUGGUCAAGUCAGAUGUCUUCUCGCACGUUAUCAAGUCUGUUCAGAUCAGAGGUUCUUACGUUGGUAACAGAGCUGAUUCUCAAGAGGCCAUUGACUUUUAUGCAAGGGGUUUGGUUAAGUCCCCAAUGAAGAUUGUUGGACUUAGCGAGUUGCCAAAAGUUUACGAGUUGAUGGAAAAGGGCCAAAUUGUUGGAAGAUAUGUUGUUGACACCUCCAAAUAA